GAGUCCCUUAAAGGCAGCAGGAGCAGCUGUAGCCUGUAACGGGUCCGGGUCCGUGUCCGUGUCUAAUUCGGUCUGUGGUGGGUCCACAGGGUGUGGACCUCUGACUGUCUGCUGUUGCUGAAUUUAGUUGAUAAACAUGGACACGCUUCUCAGGACAGACAGUGUUGAUGUGGAAAGUGAUAGCUGAUGGCGCUGCCGCAGAGAUGCUUUGGUCAUGACUGCUCUCAUUUGGAUGCUCACAUGGCUGCCUCAGGUCCUGCCAGUUGUGAGUGAACUCCCCCAGCCUGUCAACGUGAUCCUGACCUCAAACCAUUUCAGGCAUAUGCUGAAAUGGGAGCAUGGACCAGGGACACCCACAGGAGUCUACUACCAAGUCACAGUUGGCAACGAAACGGGGACUUCCUGGGAGCCAGUGUCUGGCUGUGAGCGUGUCCAGCAUCCACUGGUUUGCAACCUGACAGAGGCCUUGCUUCACCCAAAACAGGUCUACCAUAUCCAGCUUACAGCAUUUCUGGAAGCACAGUCCUCAAAACCAGUCCACCGAAGAUUUCAACCCAUCAAAGACACUCACCUGGACCUGCCGCUGCUGACAGUGACGCCCUGUGGCAGUGAUCUGUGCGUGGACCUUCACCCUCCCAUGGAACACCUUAGGAAGAUCUAUGAUUCUCUGGAUUACAAACUCAGGAUCACGAGCAACAGUGGGGAGAGAGCCCAGGUACUCUACAUGGACUUGCAUUCAGAGUUCUUCAAAGACACCCAGUAUCUGAGAGGAGAGAUUUUGAAGAGUCUGGCCCGUGGCAGACAGUACUGUGUCUCAGUCUGCUUCUCAGACAGUCUGGUGUCCAGGGAGUCCAACUACAGCCAGCCCGUAUGUGCUUUCACCCCUGGCAUCUAUACUGCAGACCAGUUGAUCUCAGCCGUGUUGUGUUUGUUGGUGAUGUCUGGUGUGGUCGUUGUGGCCCUGCUGGUCCGUACCGGUUUCAUCUGUCUAAUAAAGAGGCCACUGCCAACGGUCCUGACAUCCAUCCGUCACAUGGAAGAAGUUCUGGUCGUUGCACACUGCAGCACAUCCUUGUCUUCUUUGUUGAAUCUUAAAGUAUCACCGCCCUCUUCAGGUGAAAAGAGGAGCCACCAAACAUUUUCAGAUGAGAGUGAUGAGGAGAGUGUAACGGAGAGCACGGGUGGGAGCAGAGGAGGAGAUUAUAAACUGCGAGUGGGCACUAACCUUCUCUCUUCCUCGUCUUCAUCAUCUUCGUCAGCUCCUUUAUCUCCUGAGCCGAUACCGCCGCCAAGCUUCUCCUCAAACCAAACAUCAGACUUCUUCCAUCCCCAGCCUGAACCCCUGAUUUCAACAGAGACAAAUUUCAGUGCUGGAUUGAGUCACGCACUGAGCACACACACAGCCUCACACUCUGAUUCUCUACCAGAAUCAGACCAGCGUGCUUCAGAUCCCUGUCCUCCUGCAGACACAGACACUUUGACUGUAGGAAGAAUCGAGCCAAAUGAGGAGGAGAAGGAGGUGGUAGGAGAGGGGGACAGCCAGGAUGUGAACCUCCUCACAUUAACCUUCGGCGGGUAUGAGGAGGAGGUGGAAGAGAAACCACAUCUUGAAAUGGCAGAGGAGUCUUUCUCUGCUUCCUCUGUUUGUGAGGGCAGGAUUGGAGUGAUUUACAACAUCACUCCAAUCUUGCCCUCGCAAACUUGGGACAAAAAGGAAGUUGCCAUUGAAAUGGUUUCCUGCUCAGUCAAUGCAGAGGAGGAGGAGGAGGAGGAGGAGGAGGAAGAGCACUCUGGAUAUAUGGGGCGUCCAUGUACAGAUUUCUCACAGAACUUUUUAUUCAAUGCAGGAUUUGAAGGGCAAAAUGCACAGGGAGGGACUUCAGGGGAAAUAGAAACUCAGCCUGUACAUGAUAACAAACUGUUCAUUUCCCAACCCCCACGCAUAUCCCCAGCUCCCUCCCGUCCCUCUCUAUAUGUUGUGUGCUCUAACCCAAAAACAAGAGCCUUAUCAUCUGGUGUAAGCCGUUUAACUGCAAGCCAUAACGCAGUCCAUGGAGGGAUGAUGGGGUUGUGGAUGCUGCUUCUUCUGCAUUUACACCUUGGGAAUGCUCCCUGGACUGAAGGUGUGGAGGAAAGAGGGGGUUUACAUGUGGUGUGUGUUUCCCUCCCCGCACCUUCCAACGUCUCCAUCUCUUCCUUCAACAUGGAGCAUACACUCAGCUUCCUACCUGGCCCCGAGACCCCCUCCAACACCCACUUCACUGUCGAAAUCCUCAAGCAGCUGCACCUCAGGUAUUCAGACGGCAGGCACCAGAACGCUUGGAUAGAGCGGAAAGAAAAAGAGAGGAAGAACUUGUGGAGAUCAGUGGCUGGUUGUUCGGAGCUGACUGCCGGACAGACAUGUAACCUAACCAGAGCAUUCAAGGACCCGUUGAAUCAAUACCGAGCCCGUGUCCAGGCCUUCACACCCAUCCAGAAAUCCAACUGGACUGUGUCUGGGCGGUUCCAGCCUCUGUCAGACACUGUGUUGGGACCUCCUGAUGUGUCUGUGUCCGGCUGUGGGAACUGUUUGCUCCUGCAGCUCAGAGUUCCUACAACAAGGGGGCUCCAGCAGCACCAGCAGCUGAAGGACCUCUACAGACAACUCGUCCUCCAUGUGCAAAGGACUAGGGACGGUGCAAGGUUCAGACUGACUCUGCCUUACAAAGAGGAGAACGUGAUCACGUACCUGCAGCCAGGUGUGGAGUACUGUGUGACCGUCUCUGUGACAUCACUCUUCAACUCCAACUCUGUCGCCAGUAAACCUUACUGUGCCUUCACCAGCCCUCCUCAGGCCAGAAGCUCACUGUAUGUGGUCUUCGGCUUGCUGGCUGCGUUCUGUGCACUGGGGUUUCUCCUCAUUGGAUUGGUUGUCUACAGCGGCCAGAUGAGCUUGGAAUUGCUAAAACGGCGCCUACCCAGAACUCUGUCAUACUUCCUCAUCCAAGGCCAGAAUGGUGGAAGUGGGCCCCCUGGACCCUGAGGACUCUGCUGGCUGCCUGUUCAGCCACUGAAGAGCAGCUCUGAGGGGGGAGACAAAGACUGUGGACUGGCAGUGAAUCAAAUGUUUAAAGCUGAAGUGCUGGGGAAGGGCAGGACUGAGGCUAGAGACCAGAAGAGCUUGUUUUAGGUGGAGUUGAUUUGGCUGGCUGGUUUUGAGAAGAUGCAGACGUUGGGGGUAAAGUGUAUGGUUUAGUAUCAGAGUGAGAUGUUUUUGUAAAUUGUUAUAAUCCUGUUUUUAUGCCAAUAUUUCUACUUUCCUCUGACUCCUCUGACUUUCAUAAUUACUUUGAGAUGGGUGAAGUUACUGUCUGUCAGAGAACUUGUAUAGAGAAUAAGUGGAUCAAAUAAGGAGGAACUGAAAUUGAAAAUAAACUCUGGAAAUAACCGAUGCAUGAAACUCGACCUGAGUGAGCAGCCGAGUCAUAGAGGAAUAAGCAUAAAAAUCCAGCAUAGUUCAUGCAUUAGUCUGAGCAUUAUUAUUGUAUGCACUUACAGUAUGUGUGUUUUUAGUGUAAAGUAUCAUCUUUACUUCUUUAAAUGCUGCUGUCCAUUGUUAUCCUCUGCCAAAGUGAUGCUUUUCUAUGAUUCUUUAUUUUGUUACUGCUCCUACUGAUCAGCUGUUUAUUGACCAAAUGUUUUGGCUAUCUUGCCCUAAUCAGGGUGCUGAUGUCUUGGUUAAGGUGCUCCACCACCCUGAUGAGCACAAGAUAUCAGAAACAUCUGCUGAGUAAAGCGUGGUGUGCUGGAGAAGACUUGUGUGACUUGUUUAACUAAUGAACUAGCAUUGAUGCUAACACUGGUCUGCAUCCCUGUGUGUGUGCGUUCUCACAGUUAGAAACCGGAAAGCUUUUCAUCAACCAUUACUGUAAUUACAGUUCUUUCAUAAUCAUUUCCCCAAUAAAGAAAACCUAUAUCAAUAAA